AUGACGCUCAACAAUGCCAGCGAGAUCAGCGCAUCUGGAAAUGCAAAGGUGCAAAUUGGCAACAACACUCGCUUGACGUUCCAGAUCCUCGACUCGCCGAUUCUCCGGGAGCAGAUUACUAGAGCCAUGGAACAACCUGGUAUGCAAUUUAUCCUCGUUACGAUCUUGGUUUAA